AUGGCACCAUCAACUAGACGUGUCAAACGCCCGGAUUGCCCGGAUAAGUUUGUCUGGCUCUAUGGAAAUCCAAAAAUGAGAGAUGGUUGCUACGAGUAUCACCCAGCGGUACAGAGCCAUAUUGAGGAGGCAUAUUUGAAUGAUAAAGAUAAGUGUAUGAUCAACUUCCACGGAGUAAAGCGCACGCUCAGUUUCGAUUUUAUGUCCGAUUCGUCUGGCUCAGAUACGCGACAGAUCAAAAGAGUUCACAGCACUAAGCUUCACAUGUCAAAGUGUAAAGGUAUUUCCGGAGCUAGCUAUGUAUCUACUAAGGGAUACCAACAGACAGACGAGAAAUGCAACAUUUGCUUUCACAAACAAAUGGUUCCAACACGAAUUCCAGCCUGUGGACACUCGUUUUGCUAUACGUGCAUUAAGACAAAUUUCAAAAGGAGACUGCCUUGCCCAAUGUGUCGUGGAGAUCUCCCUACCUCAUUGUUUGUUAAUCCGAUUCGAUAUGAUGUCGAUUUUGAUGUAGAGUGUCCGGAAGAAUUCGCCGAAGAUUGCUCGGCCAUGUUCAAAAAACCAGAUAAUGAAGAGGUUGGUGAGUCAAGCUCAAAGCGUGAAGAGAGUAAACUUCGUCAUUAUUGGAUCUAUGAGGCUCGUGGCUUCUGGUAUCGGUAUGACCCAAAACAUGAGAAGUAUCUUGAGGAACAUUUUUUGAGAAACAAACCUUCCUGUACCUUAUUCAUCUGCGGUGUUAAAAUGCAAGUAGAUUUCAAGAAACACACACAGAAAGGAGACGAAUGGAAUGCCGCGCGAGAACGAAAGAUCAAAAGAAUCGCAGCUUCCGAUAUGCAUAAAUUCAAAAUUAGAGGCAUUGCUGGAGUCAGUUUCCUUGUCCAGCCGAUUUCAUAA